AUGGGUCUCGGAACCAAGAUCAAGACUGCUCUGCACGGCGACAGCCACUCGCACUCCCGCACCGGCUCGGCUUCUUCCUACGAGGAUGGCCGUCUCCCCGGCUCAUUCCCGGCAGAUGGUACCAACAACAACACCACCACCACCACCAACACCACCAAGCCAAGCACCACCACAAACGGCUUGAACUCAACAACCAAGACCAACGAUCUCAACACCAACUCCUCUACCCUCAAGAAGGGUGGACGCCACACCAAGACGGACUCGGGAGUUGACUUUGCAGACGGCCCGGGCCACAGCAAGGAUGUCCACAGCAACGACUUGACUGGUGGUGACUACCAACGCCCUGUCAGUCGCGAGGGUGGCAUUGGCAACAUUGACAACCACACGUCGUCCACCAAAAAGAACGACCCUUACUGGGGUAGCAUCAAGCAGAGCGGCUACGAGCGUGAUCUGCCGCACCGCCCAGGAAACCAGGCCGAUCGUGACCUGAACAACACUCGCGACGGCAUGGUCCAUGACAAUGUCCGCUCGAGCAAUGCAGGCCCUCACUCCAGCAACAUGAUGAACAAGGCUGACCCGCGCGUCGACUCUGAUCUCGACAACCGUGGUGUCAACGGAGGGUACAACAGCACUACCGGCAACACCCAGAACUCGCGCGGCGGAAUGCUCGACGUCGCUAACGGCAGCAACUACAACUCCAACUCUCGCGGUGGGAUGCUCGAUGUCACCAGCGGCAACAACUACAACUCCAAGUCCAACUCGCGUGGCGGAAUGCUUGACGGCACCACCGGCACUCAGGGUCUAGGUUCUACCAACCAAGGACCUCACAACUCCAACAUGCUCAACAAGGCCGACCCCCGCGUGGACUCGGACGUUGACCACCGCGCCACCAACAACUACGGCUCAAACACCACGGGCUACGGUUCCAACACAACCGGAUACGGCUCCAACAUGACCGGCAACGGCACCAGCCGGGACAUGCACGGCACAAACCUCACCACCCACGGCGGCAACAACGACAUCAACGGCGCCACAGGCCGCCGCUCCGACCUCCACAACGUCGGCCUGGCCCACCCCAACGAGCCCGUCCUGGGCGAGCACCACGACGACCGUCUGCGCGCCCGCGACAACGGCUACAGCCCCGUCAACGGCGGCCUGGGCGGCAGCAAGCCCCACCACGCGUCGCUGGCAGACCGCCACCACCAGGAGGACCUGCGCGACGCGGGCCUCUACAACGACCGCGACGACAGCUACGGCAGACGCGAGGGCUACAGCCGGAACGGCGGCGCCCACAACACGACCGACAGCAACGGCAACGUCAUGUACGGCAGGAGCGCCAGCACGCGCAACUCGCCCCAGCGCGGCAGCUUUGGCCACGGCAUCGGCGGACCCCAGCAGCAGCACAACGACUCCAACUCGUCGCACUUUGUGCCUAGGGUCAUGCACACCUGCACCAACUGCGGGACCGACAACGACAUCAGCCGCUACUUCCGCUCGGAUGUUUCGUACCGCCUGGGCUAG